AUGGCUGUCGCACGCCCCAUUCGCAUGCUGGGUGCAGUAGGCAUCUUGCUUUGUCUAUUCCUGGUCUUCCACCUGAACCAGACCCCGUCCGCCUUCGGCGGCAAACUCAUCAACGGGAUGAAAAAGGAUCCUUUGCUGGACCCAACCGGAGAACCAGCAGGGAACUUAUGGCGCGCCACGGAGAAAGACUACUCCCCCGACAGCCCCAACUCGGCCCGCACCAACGCCGCGCUCGUCUCGCUCGUCCGCAAUGAGGAACUGGACGAAAUGGUUUCCACGAUGAAGGAUCUUGAGCGUACAUGGAACAGCAAAUUCAACUAUCCCUACAUCUUCAUGAACGACAAGCCCUUCACCGAGGAGUUCAAAAGAAGGACGCAGGCGGAGACCAAGGCGAAAUGCCAAUUUGAGUUGGUUCCGAAAGAACACUGGGAUGUGCCCGACUGGAUCAACAUGGAUAUUUUCACAGAGUCGGCCGAUUUGCUGGAGGAGCAGAAUAUCCAGUACAGCCACAUGAUCUCCUACCACCAGAUGUGUCGCUGGAACAGCGGCUUCUUCUACAAGCACCCGGCUCUCGAGGGGUAUCGCUGGUACUGGCGUAUCGAGCCAAACGUGAAGUUCUUCUGCGACGUUGACUACGACGUGUUCCGAUACAUGGAGGACAACAACAAGACCUACGGCUUCACCAUCAACCUCUACGACGCGCCGGAAAGUAUCCCGACCCUGUGGCCGGAGACCAAGCGAUUCCUUGCCGCGCACCCGGAUUACCUCGUCGAGAACAACAUGUGGUCGUGGCUGACGGAUGAGACUCGCCCCGAUCACAACAAGAAGGCCCAGGGAUACUCGACCUGCCACUUCUGGUCGAAUUUUGAGAUCGGUGACUUGAACUUCUUCCGCGGCGAAAAAUACGAGGCCUACUUUGAUCACCUGGAUCGCGCGGGCGGCUUCUUCUACGAGCGCUGGGGCGAUGCGCCCGUCCACUCACUUGCGUUGGGGCUAUUAGAGGAUGCGUCCAAGGUCCAUUGGUUCCGCGACAUCGGAUACAACCACAUCCCGUACCUCAACUGUCCCAACUCGCCCAAAUGUUCCGGUUGUACCCCAGGCAAAUCGUACGACGGCGCCGACUUCCUCUCCAAGGAGGACUGCCGCCCCAGCUAUUUCAAACAUGUUGGAACGCACUAA